AUGUGCGAGCCAGAGAACACGGAGAUCUCCCGCACCAUCGAGAAGGAGCUCUUGAACCAGGUUGACGAGUCUUGGGCUCUGCAGCGGAAGAAGGCGCUCAAGGACCUCUACGUAGGCAACCCACCUCCGGUUGGCCGAACUUGCGCGGUGGAGCGUCCCGUCACACCCAAGUGGCUAUUCAGGGGGCACCAGUACCAUGGCAUCAAGACCAAGGAGGAGCGAGACCAUCGGGUUUUGAAUGAGCUUGCUGCAGAGCGUGUGGCACAAGCCAAGCAGCUUCCACCAGGUCCAGGAAGUCGGACGGAGGAAGAGCUCAGCGAGAGCCGAGCAACACAACGCAAGGACCCCCCGCCCGGCUUCGGCGGUGGCACGCAGUGA